GGUAUCCAGUGUCCAAACCUUUUAGUUUUCACAAGAACCAUAAACCGCCAAGUCCUAAGAAGCAUAUAGUCAGACGCACCUCAUAAACAUCUAUCUUACCUUAUAAUAGAAAGCUAUUCAUUUGAAAUUUUAAAAAGCAGCGGUGUCCUUUUACAUAGGACCAGGACCCUUGAUCAUGAUCAAAACGAAUUGUGAUGAACAGUACCGUGUAACCGUACUGCCUGUGAAUCUUAAUUGAAUAGCCUGUAAUCUUCUAUAUGAUGUAUUUUUUCUUCCAAAGGACGCGGUGGUGGAGGAGGUGGAUAUAGUCGUGGUGGUGGUGGAUCAUUCGGUGGUGAUGGUGGUGGCUACCGGGGAAGAGGACGCGGAGGAUCAUCAAGUGGUUAUUCGCCAUAUUAA